GGGGGAAGUGACGUGCGGGCGGCGGUGCGGCCCUCGGGACGACUGUCCGGACGCGGGCAGGCAUGUCGGUUCUGACGCGGCUGGCGCCCUUCGUUCGCGGCGGAGGCCGCCUCUUCGGAGGCCUCAGCCUGCGGGAGGCUGGAGGCGGAGGAGUCCGUCACGCUGGCGGCGGCGUGCACAUCGAGCCCCAGUACCGGCAGUUCCCCCAGCUGACCAGAUCUCAGGUGCUCCAGGCCGAGUUCUUCAGCGGGACCAUGUGGUUCUGGAUUCUCUGGCGCUUUUGGCACGACUCAGAUGCUGUGCUGGGUCACUUUCCAUAUCCAGAUCCUUCCCAGUGGACGGAUGAAGAAUUAGGUAUCUUUCCUGAUGACGAAGACUGAAAGUGUAGACUCGACUCUACAAGAGCUAGGUGAAAAUUUCAAGAAAUUAUGGACCUCAUAUUGUAUAUUAAAGUUGUAAAUUAAAGCGUUUUGGUCAAGAAUGAG